AUGGCCACCCUCAAGCCACCCCCAGCGCAGCACCGGUCCUCACACACACCAUCAGGACCACCAAAGGCCCCCGUCAAAGCCGACCCCACAUCCACAAUCGCCGACACAGCCGUCUUCCAAGGCAAAUACCCCGUAACCAUCGGCGCGAACACAGUCAUCCACCCACGCGCCCGAUUCUACGCCUACGAAGGCCCCAUAAUAAUAGGCGAUGGCUGCAUAAUCAGCGAAAAAGCCGUCAUCGGCGCGCCUCCAAACUCAUCCUCCUCCUCCCGGGGCUCGUCACGAUCCCCAUCGCCCGCUCCAUCAUCGCAAACACAAACACCCACCACUACCCGGCCGACCUCAACAGACCCAGAAGCAGGCGCAGACACAAGCGCAGAAUCUGCCGCAACAGAAUCCUCUCAAACCCCACCCCCACCUCCGAAAAAACAAGACCUCACAACCCGACUCUCCUACUUCGUAACAGUCGGUCCCCAAUCCACAAUCCGCCCGGGCGCCCACAUCCACUCCUCCGCCAGCAUCGAGGCGCUAGCCACAAUACAGCGGCACGCGGAGAUCGGCUCGCACGUGAAGAUUUGCUCCGGGUGCGAAGUGCCAGAGUACGGUUCUGUGCCGGAGUGGACGGUUGUUUGGGGGUCUGGACUUGGGCAGCGGAGGAGGAGGGCGCGGGGGGCAAAGUCGCCUGGUCCGGCUGUUGUUGUUGCGGCGCAGGUUACGCAGACGCCUGUUCCUGGGCUUGCGCCUGAGGGGAAGGUUAUUGAGGAUGCGAGGUUGAUGGUUUUGCAGAAGGAGAGGGAGGUCUUGGCGAGGAUGAUUGUGCCUGCUGGGGCUGCGAAAAAGCGAUGA